AUGUCUGUUACCGUCCAACCCUACUCUAUUCCAUUCGGUCGUCUUUUCCAAGGACUUCUGAGCGACUUGGAACAGUUCGACCGAGGAUUUGCUCCAUGUUUCAAGACCAACAUGGGUGUGGAUAUCGGAAAUGAGUUGAAAGAAGUUGUCAACGACACUGAGAAGUUUGCAGUUUCCAUCGACGUUUCUCAUUUCAAACCAGAAGAGCUCAAAGUGAACUUAGAGGGUCGUGUUCUCUCUAUUGAAGCCAAUCAG